AAAACCGGAUGUACUUCUCGGCCGUUGCUCGCUUGUAGCGGCGGUGUGAAAAAAAAAAUGGCCAUCGGUGGGUUCGCUGAACUAUCGGUGCCGUUUUUAUUAAACCGUCUUUUUUACUAACGACGCCAACGGUCGCGAGCAAUGCGGAGCCGCCGCGGUUCUAACUGACAACCGGCGGGGGAAGCUCACGCCUCCAGGCCGCCGGAGAGGCGCCGCGUCCCGGGCUGAAAGCAGAUGGGCUCCUCGGUGUCUUCGGGUAAAAGGCGGAAGACUGCGCAUCGAGCAGCGAGCCGUUUCCCUCGUGAGGCGACGGUCGGUUCACCGGAGUGACCGGCGUUCGGACCCGCGCCGCCCGCGGCAGAACCCGCGAUUAGCCGCCGCGUCCCGCUAGCUUAGCAUCGGAUCAAAGAAAACCUUUCGACGGAUGACGUCAUACUUCAUGGCGCCGCGGAGGGACGACUGAAACGGCGUUGACACCCCGUGAGACGACCCACCGCCCUCCCGUCAACACCCCAACCCCCCCCCCCCCCCCCCCCCCCCCCCCCCUCUCAGGAUGGCGAGCAGGAGGAAGACCACCACCCCGUGCAUGGUCCCCCCCCGGGAGGCCGUGGACUCGGACCAGGAGAUGGAGGACGUCGCCGAGCCCGACGGCGGCGCGGUGGCCGUCUUCUCCGAGCCGCCGGAGGAGACGGGCGAGGACUCCGGUCCCGGGUCCGCGUCGGACCACUACCUGGACUCCAGCGUGGCGGAGGGGGGCUACGAGUGCAAAUACUGCAGCUUCAAGACGGCGGAGCUCAACCUGUUCACCAUGCACGUGGACGCGGAGCACCCGGACGUCGUCAUCAACACCUCGUACGUCUGCAUGGAGUGUGACUACCACACCAAGAGCUACGACACGCUGCUGGCCCACAAUGCUCGCCUCCACCCGGGCGAAGACAACUUCACGCGGACGAUGGUGAGGCGGAACAACGAGACCGUCUUCCAGCAGACGGUCAACGACCUCACCUUCGCCGGCGGCUUCGUCAAAGUGGAGGCGGACGAGGACGCGUCCCGCCAGAGCAUCGCCCUCAGCAAGACGCCCAUCAUGAGGGUCCGCAGCCGGCCGGAGCCCAAGAAGUACGCCGCCUUGCACAAGAUGGCCGUCGACGACGUCAUCAAAGUGGAGAGCGAGGAGGAGGACGAGGACGGCGAGAACAAGGAGCCGCCCGCGCUGUCUCCCGCCCCGAUGUUCGCCGCCGCCGCGCCGCGCCUCAUCCCCGUCUCCGCGCCCGUGCAGGUGCACGCCGUCCCGCAUAGCAUCGUGGUCAACAGCUCCAACGUGCUGCAGAUCAAAGGGGGCUUGGGCGGCGGCGUGCUGCCCCCCGGGACGCUGGCCCAGGUGCUGUCGGCGCUGCAGAACCAGCAGAACUGCAGUCAGACGCAGCUGCUCAUCCCCAUCAGCAGCAUCCCCACCUACAACACGGCCAUGGACAACAACGUCCUGCUGGUCAGCGCCUACAACCGGUUUCCGUAUCCUUCGGUGUCGGAGAUCAUGGGUUUGUCUUCGCAGACGAAGUUCAGCGAGGAGCAGAUCAAAGUCUGGUUCUCCGCCCAGAGGCUGAAACACGGAGUCAGCUGGACGCCGGAGGAGGUGGAGGAGGCGAGGAGGAAGAAGUUCAACGGCACCGUGCAGGCCGUCCCUCAGACCAUCACCGUCAUCCCCGCCAACAUCGCCGCGGCCGCCAACGGCCUGCAGUCCAUCUUCCAGACCUGCCAGAUCGUGGGCCAGCCGGGCCUCGUCCUCACGCAGGUGUCCGGCAACGGGAGCGCCGUGCCGGUCGCCUCCCCCAUCACCCUGACGGUGGCGGGCGUACCGGGCAACCGGCCCAAAGCCGCCGAGCCGUCGGCGACCGAGUCGAAGACGGAGAUGCUGUCGGCCGGCGCGGCGCUCGGCCUGGACGCGGCGGCGUCGUCGCCGUCGGCCAAACCGAAGAAGUCCAAGGAGCAGCUGGCGGAGCUGAAGGCGAGCUACGGGCGCAGGCAGUUCGCCACCGAGGCGGAGAUAUCGCGGCUCAUGCAGGUCACCAAGCUCUCCAAGCGGGCCAUAAAGAAGUGGUUCAGCGACACGCGCUACAACCAGAGGAACUCCAAGGAUCACCACGGCGUGCCGCUGAGCGAAGCCCCGCCCACCAAAGUGCCAGGAGGACGAGGAGGGAGGAGCUGCGGCCUCGACAACAGCAGCAACAACAACAACGCCACCGGCUCCACGAUCGUCGUCAUCGACUCCAGCGACGACGCCAGCGACUGCUCCCCGACCUCCGCCGGCGUCCCGUCCGGCUCCGCCAGCGACCCGCGGGUCAAAUUCCGGCACGCCUUCCCCGACUUCACGCCGCAGAAGUUCAAGGAAAAGACCCCGGAGCAGCUGCUCGUCCUGGAGGCCAGCUUCCAGGAAUCGAACACGCCGUCGGACGAGGAGCUGAGCCGGCUGCGCGGCGCCACCAAGCUGACGCGCCGCGAGGUCGACGCCUGGUUCACCGAGAGGCGGAAAAUGCCCUCGAAGGAGGAGGAGGAGGACGACGAGGAAGAGGAGGAGGACGACGAGGAAGAGGAGAAGAGCCGGACCACGCCGCCCUCCUGCAGGAAGGCGCUGAAGAAGACGCCGGAGCAGCUCCACAUCCUGAAGAAGGCCUUCGUCCGCUCGCAGUGGCCCACGUCGGAGGAGUACGACCACAUGGCGGCCGACAGCGGCCUGCCGAGGACCUACAUCGUCAACUGGUUCGGAGACACGCGCUACGCCUGCAAGAACAGCAACCUGAAGUGGUUCUACCUCUACCAGAGCGGCAAGGUGGACGAGGCGCUGAACGGAGAAGUCAAGACCCAGAAGAAGUCCAGGAAGCGUUUCCGUGGCUGGUCCAGGAGGACGCGCCGGCCGUACCCCUGCAAACGCUCCCCACAAGGGGGCGUCGCCCCCAUCAAGGUGAAGUCCGGGAAGUCGUUCCUGAAGGACUACUUCCUCAGACACAGAGUCCUGAGCGAGAAGGACCUGGACGACCUGGUCACCAAGUCCAGCAUGAGCUACGAGCAGGUGAGGGACUGGUUCUCAGAGACCGCCCGCAGGGUGGAGGAGGGCAGGAGGCCCUUCAGCGACGAGGAGGGAGGGGAAGAGGACGAAGAAGAGGUGGAGGAGGAGGAGGAAGAGGUGGUGGAGGAGGAGGAGGAGGAGGAGGAGGAAGAGGAGGAGGCAGAACGCGCAGAUAGCGAAGGAGAGAUGGAGGUGAAAGAACAAGGAGAAGAAGCCACUGAUGAUGACUGCAAUGAGGAGGAAGAGGAGGUGGUGGAGGAGGAAGAUGAAGAAGUGAUCCAGGAGGAAUCUAAAGGUGACAGCCAAUCACAGCCCGAGGCCGAGGAGCAGACAUGAGCUGAGAGCCUCAGCGUUGCUUCGCGAGGACGACGAAUCGCGUCCGUGUUUCUCAGCUGGCGGCUCAGGACCUAAAGAUGGCCGCGGGGAGCUCUGAUGGGGGGGAGGGUGAGGGGGGGCG